CAUAUUGUAUUCUUCUCAAAACUAGGGUUCAUAUUUCCCUCAUAUUUCGCCCACUUUUUGCCUAUUUUUUAGAUAAAAAAACCACUUCAUAAAAAAUCCUCCAAAAAUUUCCUGCAAAUCCUUCAUCGAAUGGAAACCCUAUCUCAAACUCUUGAAAAUGACCCCCUUGCUGGCCUUUCUCUCCACUCUUUACUCCCUCGAACCCUAGAUUUUGUAUCCAAUACUCCAGAAUUCACAGGAAGCCAUGAAGAGCUCCACGAUCUCCUUCGAUCCAAGGCGUUAGAUAGGGCCAACGAAAUCAUGGAACUUGCAAAAGCUGUUGUAGAAAGCAACAAAGAGAACAAGGAAAAGGAGAAUGUCAUUCAUGCCAAAGAGAGAAGGCCUGGCCUUGAUCGAAAAAGGCCGGUAUUUUCAUUAAAGCCUGACACAAGUGUCCCUUCUUUGAGCUUUGAUGUUAAUGUGGCAGAACCCAAUGUUGAAGAGCUGCAAGACCCAGCACAGUUUUUUGCUGCUUUUGAACUGAAAGAGCAUGCCGAGAGGGAGCUUAAGAGGUUAAGAGGUAAAUGUGUAAUGGAGCAAACAGAUGACAACAAACCCACAAAGACCAGGUUGCGUCGACCAAGUCUGCUUGGGAGGAAAGCCAUUUAUAAACACGCUUACUCAAAUUUACCUGAGAUUGUGGAGACACAUAGGCCCUCUGGCAAAGAGAAUGUUAUGAAGGGCAACUACAAUUCUUCUCAUCUGGAAAGGGCAUCUGGUUCUCUUCCAGAAUCUCCAAAGAGCAUCAAAGGCAAUGAAAAGAAGCUUGUGUUGGAAGGAAAAGAAUCAGAUAAGUGUGAUGUUGCGGAAAAUGAAAUUAAUGAACUUUUGCAGCGUCUUUCUACUAGCCAAACAAUGGAUGAGGAGGGAACAAUUGAUUUAUUGCAGAAGCACCUUCAGCUAAAGGAAGUUGAAACGAAUAAAAUGAGCCUUCCAUCAUCAUCGGAGUUGAUAAAGGGGGCAGAUGCAAUGCCUGGUGGCAAAAUUAUUCCCCGAAUGUUUCAACCUGAGGUGGGGAGUUCCAAAAGUCCAUUCACUACACCAACCCCUCCAAAGAGUCCGCUUGCCUAUAUUUCAUUGCUUCAGCGCCAUGUUGCUGAUAUGAGAGUGUUAAAUGGCCCAUAUGAAUUUUCCCUUGAGAUGGAAACCAACCAAUAUACUUUAGCUAUGGUAGGCAACCAAGUACAAUCUCAUUCACUUUCGAUGGAUAGUGAUGGGGUUGAAGGAAUAAGGCCAAUUGCUCAUCAAUCCCCUAUUCCCAAGACGGUUUAUGAGAAUCACAGUUCUAAUGAUUCCCUGAUUCCGAAGGCAUUUGAUGAGAACCAGACAUCCUUUGAUGGUGCUUGCCAAUCCGCAGGGCUUGACGAGGUAGACAAUACUUGUAGAGAUAACCAAACAGAAAACGAACCAAUUUGUGUUAAUGAUUUCCCUAGCCCAUUUGAUAGAGGCAUCUGUGACACCUCAACUGGGUGCGAUAUUGAUAUGGAUGUUGGGCCCAGCAAACCAAAUAAUUCCGCAGAUUUAAUUGAGGUGGAGAAGGAACCGGUGCUAGAUACGACUAGGUUAUCCAAUGGAAACACAGUUCCCCAUGCAGAUUGGUUCAAUGCUGAUGCAGGCAUUCACAUCCCCAGAGAAGGAGAUUUAGGACAGUCGAGAAUUUCAACAAAACAGAAAAAUAAAGAGGGAGAACAUGCAACAAAGAGACAUGGCAAACGUAAAGAACUUACUCACAGGAAGAGUCUCGCAGGGGCCGGUACGAAAUUUGAAGGUGGGGUAAGGCGAAGCACCAGAAUCAAAUCAAGACCUCUUGAGUAUUGGAGGGGUGAACGUCUCAUAUAUGGAAGGAUACAUGACAGCUUAGCAACAGUAAUAGGAAGAAAAUAUGCAUCACCUUUACCCAUGGGACGCAGCAAGGGAAGAAAAGACAUCGAGCCUGCACUCAAGAUUGAGUCCUUUGUACCUGAGGAAUUUACUAGGCUUGUCGAAUUUGCAGGUCGGUACUGAUCUGUAUUAUUCGAUCAAUUGACCCAAGCUCUACCAAGAACACCAGGUUUUUACUUACUUUUGAUCCGCUUCUAUUUUUGUUUUAGUGGUUGGUUUGGGGAAAACUCUUUGUUCAUAGUGUAAAUGCAUUACCCAAGUUGGCUUCAUGCAAUUAGUCUGGGCUGUGUGGUAUGAUUAACUAUGCAAAAGGUUUCAGACUUACGACUGUUAUGGCUCAAAAUUUCUUUUUAUGACUAUUUUGCUAUCCUUGUUUCA